AUGGAUAUUGUUCUUUGGGGACUGUAUGGAAAUAUCUACACAGAGGCAUAUGAACAUUUUUCAGAUGGUGGACCAAAGUGUUACUAAGAUAUGACAAACACAUUUCGAAUCUCCAUUUCUACAAUUUCUGCCAUAAUUUGCAUUCUUGUGAUGAGUAAAAAUUUGAUAUGAUGAAGAAAAAUGCUGGGCCAAAAUAGAAGUUUCGUAGGAGUUGACCAGAGCAAUUGGAAAGAAACCUAGUUGUUUUGAGUAUUUGGUUGGAUUAUUAUGUUGGGGUACGUUUGCUGUUCAAACUGGAUAUAAGUUAUAUACAGGAAGGGGUAAAUGUGAACAUAACACAAUUACAUAGGUGUUUUUAUGAAUAACCCUUGUCAUAUAGUGUUAUUGAUGUAGGGAUAUGCUUUAUUGACGACAAAACAUAAAUUUAGUGCUGUCAUUUUUAUAUGUCAUUUGAGGUGGCUAUAUGGAGUAUUUGCAGUAUAAAAUUGUAUUCUAACCUAAAGGCAUUGAAGUUUCCAGUAGUAACAGGCUUGGAAUUGCCCCUGGAAGUAGAAUUAUUUUGGAUAGAGCAUCUUAUUGGGGCCUUUGUAGGUCCAUUGGCCUUAACACUAGGUGGAAGGUUCUUCUUUUUUGAAUGGAAAACGUUCUUUGCUCAUCAGAUGUUUGGAUGGGACUCUCAUAUCCUUUAUUAGAGAGUAAGAAUUAUUUGAAGUUUAGAUUUACAUGUUACCAAUGUCAUUGAUGACUUGGGCUAAUUUAAAUUUUAUGCUUUGUAGACCAGACCAUGAUCCAUUUGUUCCAUACAUAGGAAAUUGGUAUUAUGUGUUUUCGGAGAUCUACUUAAACUUGGUUAGUGUAAUGGCAUUCGUAAUUGUAUUUACAUUAACUUGGGUUUUAAGAAAAAUCAUAAGAUAUAAAGAAAAAUAAGAUUGAAUCAUAUAUCAUACAUUACC